AUGAUGAUAACAGUCGUCAGCAUCUAUGGCAUCUGCUGGCUUCCGCUCCACGCCAUCACCAUAGCGUCAGACAUCAACAACGAGCUGGUCUACGCCCCCUACAUCCGCAUCCUCUGGGUCGCAGCGCACUGGAUCGCCAUGAGCAGCUGCGCUUACAAUCCAUUCAUCUACUGGUGGAUGAACCCUAAGUUCCACCAGGGAUACUUAUCCAUGUUCCAGCGCAUGCGCGGCGCCCUCUGCUUCCUGUGUGAGCGGAGCGGAAGAAAACAAUCUGCGUCUUCUCAAAGCAGUCGGCGAGUGUUCUCACAAUUCGGGAACGGUUCAGGAGACGUUCCUAGACUGUGCAGGCGCCAGUCCAACACCCAGAUGGUAGAGUUCACCAGCGUCUAUAACGACGAGCACCGGAAGUACGACUCGCUGGUCCUUACGGACCACGGCAAGGACAAAUCGUUGGCCAAGGGGACGGAUUUUAUUCCAGAGCUGAGCAAAAUUUCCGAGGUGACGGAAAACGGGCUCAGCUACUACGGGAGGAAGUCGCUGUGUUCGGAGAAUGAUGACUCCUCUCACGUCUGCAGGACGUGAGCUACAUGACUCUCCAGUGACUCUCACACACAGAGGAUCCAGUGACUCUCACACAGAGAGGAUAUAGUGACUCUCAUAAAGAGAGGAUCUUAGUUACUCUCACAAGGAAAGUACUCACUGACUCUAAAAAGGAAAGUACUUAGUGACUCUCACAAGGAAAGUACUCACUGACUCUCAAAAGAAAAGUACUCACUGACUCUAAAAAGGAAAGUACUCACUGACUCUUACAUUGAGAAAACUGUGUUACUCUUACAAGCAGUAUUGGUUAUUUAAACGUAUUAAAUGUGGCUUAGUAUUUAUUAAACGCGUGUUUUAAAUGCGUAUAGUUUAUUUAUGGAUGUCCUUGAACCUUGUCAACACAAAGUCACGUGAAUCACGUGUCACGUCAUGUGACACUUAUUGCCUGGUAUGUAAUUUGACAAUCAAGCGACAAAAUCCUGUACCAUUGUGUGUUGGGUAAAAUAUGUACUUAAAAUAUAAUAACCAGCCAUUUUUUUAUUGUGCCAAAUGUAUUUUUUAAAGAUUGUUAACACCUUAACCAAACUGCCCCACCCCACCCCUCCCCAUUUGCCCCAGGUAACAAUCUCAAGAACAAAAGAUGAGUGUAAUGCACGUGAGUGAUGAGCAUCAGCUUCAGUUCCCAGCCGAGGGCUGUAUCGAGCAGAAAAAACCUAAUUAAAACCGAGAUAUAACUUACUAAAUGCAGUAGGGGGGACAUUUUAUUGAACUAUGGUGUAGCCAUAGUAUCGAACUAAGGAAGAGGCCAUUUUG